AUGACCUCCGAAGCCUCGCGUCCAGUGUCACCGACACCGUCACAACUACCGCCUGUCCCUGGAUCGCCCGUAUACUCUCUUGCAUCAACUACGAACCCUUUAUCUCAGUUUAACCUACCACUCCCACCACCUCCCCGAUCUUUACAUGCUGUCCUCACAAAAGCCGACCUUGAAAACUCCCAGCAAGCUUAUUCUGACCUCGUUGCUUCCGCAAAGUCAUACCGGCUCGCUCUCGCUGCGCUGUCAACCGCUGCGUCCACCUUCGGCUCAGCGCUCGAAGCAUGUGCCAGACUAAAAGAGGCUCGCGCUGAGCCUAUUGGGCCUUCUGGGUCGACCAACAUGACGGCUAGCUUCUCGACUAAGGGCUCCUGCACUGCCGAUAUGCUCAUGUCCGCUUCUGGAGUGCACCAUCUCGUCGCAAACCACCAACAGAUUCUCUCCGAGACAGUAUACCGAUCCUUCGAAGUGCCGCUUCUCCAUGACCUGGACAAAUGGCAGACCGUUAUUGACGAUGAAGAGGAGACGUACAAACAUAAUAUCAAAGCCCAGAGCAGAGAGAUCAAGCGGUUGGAAAAGGAGGGCAUGAAGUUGCACAAACAGCGAAGGCGAGAUGUGGGACGAUUUAGAGCACAUUUGGUUGACUUGACUACGAAACUGGACGGUUUGACAACGUUACAUGCCGAUCAUGCACGAACGCUGUUGAGAGAGAGUCAAGAGACAAGCGGAAGAAUUGUCGACGCAAGCUGCAGCCUUGUACGCGCAGAGGUGGACAUAUUCGAAAGUCUCGCAAGAAAAGGAUGGAGCGGAGGCGGUCUGGACGAUCUCCUGGAGAGGGGACAGGAUUUAUUUGCAACCGAGGAAGACAGCGCAAACAUGGGCAGCGGUGGCGGCGGCGACACACCAAAGCUCUUUUCGAUCCUCCCGCCCAAGAGCAUACUUGCCGAUACAGGGUCAGAACUAUCCAGGAGCCACGCUAGAGGUGACAGUCUCCUGAUGGAUACAGAACGCUACCAAUCACUUGCUGCGCUGGCUUCAGAUAUGAGACCCAGUGGUGGUGGCGACACCGACAGCGUCUUCUCGACAGACUUUAACAAACCGCGUAACGCAAGACCGUUCUCACCACAGCCUAUUCGCCGGGUCCCAACAGAUGUAACCUAUGACUCGCUAGUUGGCCGAGCAGAAGGUAUAGGAAACGACGAUGAUGAAUUAAGUCGAUCUGAAUUACUUCUGCCUGUGGCUGAAUCAGAUGGUGAAGUAGAGGAGACACAAAAUGGCGAUGAACAUAAUGAAAUUUGUGAACAGGACAUUGCUGUCGAGCAAGAGGAGGAAACAAGAGGGCGAUCCGUAUCACCUGCUUCUAUGGAGAAAAGACCAAAGUCGCCAGGGCUAAUUACAGAUGCGAGCUCUGCAGCUGCGUGGAGCGGCGAUGAAGACAGAAGUCCAAGCUAA